GUUGACGAGGCACGAGGAGAGGAGAGACGAGAGAAAGGGAAUGACCGGAGAAGAUAAAUCUAGGUUAUUGAGAUGCCGCCCAGGGGCAGUCUUUGCAGCCCAAGCCCAGUCUUCAAACACGCACGAACACACGCACACACCCUCCCUUUCCAGUUCCUUUAAGCCGACGUUCAUGACACGCGACUGAUGGGCAUUUUGGCAUGUUCGACCUGUUAUCUUAUAGAAGUGUUAUUUGGUUGAUGACGGCGCAUCGAUCGGAUUGAUUUGCAGAGCCAUCUGGUUGAACCACAGGAGGUAUAUUCACCAUUAUGCAGAAGGUGGAGGGACGGCCUGCCUUGGGCAGCAUAUCUUCCUCCCAGCGGGUUCCAAGUGUUCCUGGCUCACCCAGCAUCAAGGCCCGUGUGAAUGAUGAGGUGGUGGAGUACAGAGAUUUGGCUGCUCUGCCCAGAGACAAAAGUAUUCUUCAGGUGGAGAGACCGGACCUAAUGACCUACCAGCCCCACCUCACCUUCUCCCCAUUGGACGCGCCGCGAACACCCCGCAGAGAGAGAUCCCUCUCUCCUACCUCCAUCUCACCCCCUCCCUCUCCUGAGCUGAAGGUGAGCAGGGAGGGUGGAGGGUCUCCGGGAGGCUCCACACUGCAGCUCCGAAAGACAGCCGCCCCCCUGCAGCAGCACUUCCAUAGGCCAGGUAAGACAGCCGCCCCCCUGCAGCAGCACUUCCAUAGGCCAGAUAAUGGCGCCAACAUCUACAAGAAGCUGCCUAAUUUUAAACAGGAGGUCAAUAACCCGCGUGUGAUGGGCAGCAUCAUCCAGUCAUCGAAGUUCCCAGCAGCUCAGAAACCGGAUCCUAACCUACCCUCUAAGAUAGAGACUGAGUACUGGCCCUGUCCUCCCUCACUGGCUGCUAUGGAGAUUGAGUGGCGGAAAAAGAAGGAGGAAGAGGAAGAGGGAAAGGAUGAGUUUGAAGACCUGACUGAUGAUGCCAAGGAGUUAGAGCUCCACAAAAUCAAAUCUAACCUGGGCAGGCUGAUCCUGAAGGAGGAGAAGGAGGAGAAGGAGAAGGCCCUACUGGGCCUUGGCCGCAGGAAGACUCAGUCAUUGCCAGACAGAACACACAUGCACACCAGUUCCUCCUUGAAGUCCUCCUCCCGCACAGGCCUGACCAGGAUGCAGUCUGCAGAGUUCACUACAGAUGGAGAUCGGGAACGAACAGCUGAUCAGAAUGGAGACCCUCAGCGGGAAAGGAUGGACAGAGGAAACUCAUUGCCAAGCAUGCUAGAACAGAAGGUUUACCCAUAUGAAAUGCUCAUAGUGACCCAUAGAGGGCGCUGCAAGCUGCCACCAGGAGUGGAUCGCACAAGACUGGAGAGACACUUGUCUCCUGAAGACUUUGAGCGUCUGUUCGGAAUGCCGAUCUCAGAGUUUGACCGCCUGUCCCUGUGGAAACGAAAUAAUCUGAAGAAAAACGUUCAGCUAUUCUAGAAGUGACCUUAUCAGUCAGACAGGAAACAGGAACCACUGCACUGCCCAACAAAGAAUGCUCCCACGACACCAAGCAUCACACCCUAAGCUAUCCAUAUAUCAAUGUCUCAUUUUAAUCCUCAUCCUACAUCAUAUUCCUAUUCUAACUCUAAUCCUAUAUCAUAUUCUAUGUGUAUGUUCGGUCGUGUACUAGUUGCCACUGGCUUUACGAUACAGAGCUUCAGCACGGAGAAAAGCCCCACCCCAGUUCUGACCCCUGACCCUGGAUCUAACCCCUGUAACCUAACACUAGUGAUCGCCAAACGAGGCUUCUUUAGCAUUAUUUUAGCAGCAGGAUAUUAUGCUGGCAGCACUUUUUAUUGUGAUUUUCUUUAUCACAAUAAAAGCCAUAAUUGAAAUAUAUAAGGCAAUAUAGUUAAUCUAGUCUGUAAAAAAGAACAGACAGGAACAAUAUUGAAACGUUAAACCUAAAAUGACGGACUAGGUUUACAGACAAGAUUGUUAACUUUAUUGUCUUAUAUAUUUCAAUGAUGCCUUUUAUUUAAAAAAAAAUAAAAUCUGAGUUCACUGCUAGCAUAAUAUCCUGCUGCUAGAACAAUAAUGAAGCCUCGAAUGGCCAUUACUACCUAACACUAACCAACGCUAUCAUAUGCAAAGAAAAUCUCAUGUUACCCACUGCUUCCCUGUACACAUAGACGCAGCGACCUACACACACACACACACUUUUUAUACACCUACAAACUGGGUAUAAUUAUUUUAAUAGAUCUUUGUUUGAACGGCACAAUCAGUGAUUUAAUUUUUUAUUUUAUUUAUGAUUGAUCAUGCUUCGUGUUUUAUAGAAAUCUGGGUGUUUUUUGUCUUGUAUUGGUAGAGUUCUAUAUUCAUGGUAUACUGGUGUUAACCACGCCACGUUGACAUUUAUUUGAGAAGUAUUUAUUUGAAUGUAACUGCUCCUUUUUUCAAAUUGGAACAUCGUUCUGUGAUCCUAGACCAGGUCGUAACACGCAGGUUGACAUGCCUAGCGUCAGGAACGGCAGAAACCACUAACAUUCCAAAACCACAUCCAGUCAUUGAACAGACCACUUACCGCUACCUCCCAGCCCUACAGUUGAUCUGAUAUCAAAUAAAUUAAAGUCAAACUGUU